AUGGCGGAAGAUGACAACUUGCAACUUGAACUAGUCAAGGACGUUCUUGCCAACCAAGAACAACUACCAAUUACAAUUACAACCUUGGAAAUUGAAGAUGAUGAAGGACCUCAACAAGUUCUCAUCUCUGAAGGCUUUGGAGUGCUUGACAAAUAUUUCAAGGCUCUCAACUUCAAGUACACAUUACCAGAAGAGGCAGUGACUCAGUGGUCAUAUCUGAGUGAUUCACAGAAGAAGGUUUUCUUCACUUUGAACAAGGAAGGCAAGCAUCAAAUGGUUUGCUGGCUCAAUGCCACAUUUAGCAAAGAUGAAAUGACCACGCGUGCCAAGCUCAAUGCCAUCAAUACCUUUUGCAACGCGAAGCAACAUCAAGAAGGCAUGCUAUUUGUUCAAGAGAAGCGCGCCAAAGUAUACUACUUUGAAGGUACUGGUAAGCGUCUUGGAGCCUUGACAAAUGCUGCAAAUGAACUCACCAAAAUGCAAGUCAACUUGACUCAUUUGUUUGAGAACCAACAUGCAAAAUGCUUGACUCUCAACUGGUUCAUGUCGGCCUUGACAUUUAUCAAGCAACAUGACUCUCUGCACUUUGCACAGUCAAUGGCUCAACUGAGCCAUGAAAUCGCUCAAGUUGUUGGACCUGAACAAGAUUCAGGUGUUGCUUUGAAAAAGCUUUGCAGUGAAGUUUCUGCAAUUGCUCGUGGUAUUGAAGAGACCAUUGACCCUUACUUGAAGUACAUUGAAAUGUACCGUGAGUAUCAUCAACUUCUUGAAGAAAUCGACAUUGCUUGGAAGAAGUGUGGUUCUCCUUAUAAGUCUUCCUAA